AUGGGUUGGUUUGGCUUGAAGGGCGGAUGGCUCACCUUCUGGGUGACCAUCGCCUGCGCGACAGAUAUGACGCUAUUCGGUUAUGACCAAGGCGUCUUCGGAGGCGUCAUCGUAACAGACGACUUCCUCCAAACAAUGGGCAUCGUUGGCAACGACAAGCUCCAAUCCACCGUCACCGCAAUCUACGACAUUGGCUGCUUCCUCGGUGCAAUCUCCACCAUCUGGAUCGGCGAGCGCCUCGGCCGGAAGAACACCAUCCUCGUCGGCACCACCAUCAUGUCUGUCGGCGCCAUUUUGCAGACUGCCGCCUUUGGCCUCCCGCAAAUGUUUGUCGGCCGCGUCGUGGCGGGUAUCGGGAAUGGUAUCAAUACCAGUACUGCGCCCGUAUGGCAGGGUGAGACGAGCAAGGCGAGCUGGAGGGGCAAGUUGAUUGUUAUUGAGAUGAUUAUGAACAUCUUUGGGUUCUCGCUGAGCAACUGGGUCACAUUUGGCUUCUCGUACCUCACCGGUUCCAUCUCAUGGCGCGUCCCCCUCGCCUUUCAGUUCAUCUUCAUCUUCAUUCUCUACGGCACCGUCCCCUGGUUGCCCGAGUCACCUCGCUGGCUCAUGGCCCAAGGUCGCGUCCCCGAAGCCGAACAAAUUCUCGCCGACCUGGAAGACAUGCCCGUUGACGACGCCUACAUCCAGACCCAGUCCAAGGACAUUCAGUGGGCCAUCAACUACGAAAGAGAAAACACCGUCCCCUGGUCAGACCUCCUCCGAGGCCGGACUGGCGAGUCAGCGGGAACGUCCACCAUCCGGCGUAUAUUCCUUGGGUGUGGAACCCAGGCCAUGCAACAAUUCAGUGGAAUAAACGUGACAUCGUAUUACCUGCCCCUCGUUCUCAUCAAUUCCGUCGGUUUGGACAAUAAACUUGCAAGGCUUUUGGCGGCUUGUAACUCUGUCAGUUACUUCUUGUUCAGCUUGAUUGGAAUUCCCAACGUGGAGAGGUGGGGAAGGCGAAAAAUGAUGAUGUACGGCGCCUUUGGCCAAUUCAUGUGCUACGCCGUUAUUACCAUUUGCAUCAGGUACAAUGAAAUGGCCGGCCUCGCACCAGAGACGCAGUCUCAGUGGGCCAAGGCCUCCAUCGCCUUCUUCUUCUUGUACUAUGUCUUUUUUGGCAUUUGCUGGCAGGGUGUUCCUUGGCUGUACCCCACCGAGAUCAACAGCUUGUCCAUGCGCACAAAGGGUGCCGCCCUCGGUACCGCUACAAACUGGAUCGUCAACUUCAUGGUUGUCGAAAUCACACCCCCGGGAAUCUCCGCCCUCGGCUGGCAAUUCUACAUCAUCUGGACAGUGUUCAACUUCUCCUUCAUCCCCAUCGUCUACCUCUUCUACCCCGAAACAGCAGACCGCUCCCUCGAGGACGUGGACCGCUUCUUCGCAGACAACCACGAUGUGUUCGUCUUCCGCGACAAGGACGCCACGAGCUCUAAGAGGCCGAUGAAGUACGUCGCGCAGGAAGAGGAGGCUAUUAUGAAGCGGAAUAGUCGGGGUGGCGUGCCCGGUGGGGAGGAAGAGGAUAUGUUGAGGAGGAGGGGCGUUGUGGAGAAGAUGAACAAGGGGAGCGGGGAUGAGGAGAUGGCGUUUGGGGAGCAUAAGGAGAGGCGGUAG